CAGCUCCGAGCCGGAUGUUUGCCGAGCUUUGACAGGCGUGGCAAAGGGAGCCUUUUCUGAGCGCGGGAACAGCCGUAACCAUGGACCCUCUCUCAGAACUGCAAGAUGACCUGACCCUAGAUGAUACCAGCCAAGCUCUGAACCAGUUGAAGCUGGCCUCCAUUGAUGAGAAGAACUGGCCUUCUGAUGAAAUGCCAGAUUUUCCCAAGUCAGAUGACUCCAAAAGCAGUUCUCCAGAACCUGUCACACACCUGAAAUGGGAUGACCCUUACUACGACAUUGCCCGGCAUCAGAUUGUGGAAGUAGCAGGUGAUGAUAAGUACGGGCGGAAGAUCAUUGUGUUCAGUGCUUGUCGAAUGCCCCCUAGCCACCAGCUGGACCACAGCAAGCUCUUGGGGUACUUGAAGCACACCCUGGACCAGUAUGUGGAGAGUGACUACACACUGCUCUACCUGCACCACGGCUUGACCAGUGACAACAAGCCCUCCCUCAGCUGGCUACGGGACGCCUACCGGGAGUUUGACCGCAAGUACAAGAAGAACAUCAAGGCCCUGUACAUCGUGCACCCGACCAUGUUCAUCAAAACCCUGCUUAUCCUCUUCAAGCCCUUCAUCAGUUUCAAGUUUGGUCGGAAGAUCUUCUAUGUGAACUACCUGAGUGAGCUGAGCGAGCACGUCAAGCUGGAGCAGCUCGGCAUCCCUCGCCAAGUGCUCAAGUAUGAUGAUUUCCUCAAAUCUACACAGAAGAGCCCUGCAACAGCCCCCAAGCCCAUGCCGCCGCGCCCCCCACUGCCUAAUCAGCAGUUUGGGGUCUCCUUGCAGCACCUCCAGGAGAAAAACCCAGACCAGGAGCCCAUUCCCAUUGUGCUCAGGGAGACAGUUGCCUACUUGAAGGCUCACGCUCUCUCCACCGAGGGCAUCUUCCGGAGGUCUGCCAACACCCAGGUUGUCCGGGAAGUGCAGCAGAAGUACAAUAUGGGGCUGCCGGUGGACUUUGACCAGUACAAUGAGCUGCACCUGCCAGCAGUCAUCCUCAAGACCUUUCUUCGGGAGCUUCCUGAACCCUUGCUAACCUUUGACCUCUACCCCCACGUUGUGGGCUUCCUCAAUAUUGAUGAAAGCCAGAGAGUGGAGAUGACACAGCAGGUUCUGCAAACUCUGCCAGAGGAGAACUACCAGGUGCUUCGUUUCCUGACUGCCUUCCUGGUACAGGUAUCUGCCCACUGUGACCAGAACAAGAUGACCAAUACUAACCUGGCUGUGGUCUUCGGUCCCAACCUGCUGUGGGCCAAGGAUGCUGCCAUCACCCUCAAGGCCAUCAACCCCAUCAACACCUUCACGAAGUUCCUCCUGGAUCACCAAGGGGAGUUGUUCCCCAGCACAGAUACCCAGGGGGUCUGAGCUCAGUCCGAACCUCCAUCCCCUCCUCUGGCAGCCCCAGUUGGACUUGUCCUCCAGGUAUUAACCUUACUGGAGUCCAGGGAUCCUGCCUAGGAAGGGGUCCUGAAGCCCCAGGAGAUGGAAGUUGGAACCCCUAACUGGGCAGUCCCUCCUCUCCCUCUGUCCAGCCCACAUCACAGCCCUGGAGGCCUCUGUUACCAGAAAACAUUUUCUCUGCCUUAUACCUCUCACUGCCUCUGGUUGCUGGGCUUUCCAGAACUGGGCUUGGCUCUUCUAGGACUGAGCUCCAGCAACCCUUUUCCUUUCUCCUGCCUGUUUCCCUGGCAACCUUAGACUAAAUCACUGCCAGCUGUGCUGGUAGCUGGGGCUGGUCCUCUCUUUCCAAAUUGCUAGGAAGUAAGUGUUGGCCUGGGUACGAGUUCUCUGUGCCUGCCCUCCCUACUAAUAGGGAUGACAAGACCAGAGUUGUCUUGUCACUUCUGCCCACGGGGUCUCUUCCUUCCCAAGUGGUACUGCCCUAAGAGUGUGCUAGUUCCCCGUUUCUGCCACCCUUGGCAUCUUGGAUAAUAAGACUAGAAUCUGAGCAUCUGCUGAAGUAGACCUGUCCCCUCCCGGGGAGAGCUCCCCAGUAUCCAGCGGAUCAGCCCUCCAUAUGCCUUCCCUUCCUUCUCACGUGCACAAAUCCUCAGCCAGGGGCUAUGGUGGGCCUUUCUGAUGGAGAGUCACUCUGGUCCCUUUUCUGGCCAGAGAUGCCAGUGCCUCAGGACCCAUGGCAGCUCUCACCUCCUGCCUGAGGACUCUUGGAGGGGCAGAAUCUCAGAACCCCUAAGAGGGGCAGAGGUUUUACUAAUAGAUCACCUUACCGGGUAGGUUCUAGCAACUCCCUUAGGUGAGUAUGGUGGCCACAGGCCCUGCUGUCUUUCAGAAAACCUGAGCCCGGUGAUGAUUGAUAGCUUUCAUUGUUACCUAAGGAAGUGCUGUGACCCUCUUCCCGAAGUCUGUGCCCUAGUGACCCUGCCCCUCAGGUGUGGCCAGGCAUGCCAGCUCCAGAGAUGGGACUGUGGCAUCUGCAUUGACGAUCUUGCGGAUGAGGCUGGGCCUGAGCGCUGCCUUUUCCCUGCCCCACUGCUCUGUGCUUCAAGCGCUGCUGCUGCCAGUCCUGGCCUCACACCUGAUCCGCAUGGGUCACUGCAUUUUCUAUCAAGUGUUGCUUUACUCCAUGUACCGAGGAGCCUUUUGGACCUCUCUAAUCUUCCUCCUGCCCUGUCGGUCUGUAGCUGGGAAUGCUCUCCUCUUACUGUGAAUCCAGUGUUCACCAUGAUUUCUUUGGCACCAAUCAUGUAUUUCACUGUUUGCACAUUUUGUAUUUCAAUAAAAAUGUAAAUGAAAAAUGCA